UGCUUUACUUAGUUCAUGAUUUAAAAACAAUUGAUAUACGUGCGUAUAGAAGAGGCAAAAGUCAAUCAAAAAUACAAAAAAAAUUGUAAAAGGCGAAGAAUAACUAAAUGUCGGCCUUGAUAAAGCAGUCCGGCGCACGUCAGUUGCGUCUGAUUUUCCAACAGCUUACUGCAGUGCGUGCCCUUAGCCUCAGUUCGAAAUGUUACGCUGACACAGAUUCAGAAAAGUUGAAAUCUUCAACAGAACACUUCGACAUCAUAAUUGGCGGUGGUGGACUUGUCGGAACCACAUUGGCUCUUGCGCUAGCCAAAAAUAAGGUAUUAAGCGAAAAACGCAUUUUGUUGCUAGAAGGUGCACCACCGUUCAAAGGCUUCAAUGUGGAAGCCCAAUAUGGCAAUCGAGUCUCGGCGAUUAACAAGAAUAGCGUAGAACUUUUCAAGUCAAUCGAUGCUUGGGACUACAUGCAAGAACGGCGGGUGAAACAUGUUAAGCAAAUGCAAGUAUGGGAUGCGUGUAGUGACGCACUAAUACAAUUUCAAGAUGAACACUUCUCCGCUGAUGUGGCGUGUAUUGUCGAGAACGAUCUGAUGUUAGAUGCAAUGUAUGCACAAUUGGCAGAUGGCAAGAGCGCACCGAAUGUGGAAGUGCGCAACAAUACACGAAUUGAGGGCUUGCGUCUGUCGGUAGACACAGGUGAAAUAUACUCCCAAGUGCACCUUAAAGAUGGACAAACAUUGACAUGUGAGCUGUUGGUCGGCGCGGACGGUGCGAAUUCACUGGUGCGCAAAGAAAUGAAUAUCGAUGUAUUUACUGUUGACUAUGAACGUCGUGGUGUUGUAGCCACAGUAAAAUUGGAAGAUGCAUGCGAUAAUGCGGUGGCCUGGCAACGUUUUCUACCCACUGGUCCUGUGGCCUUGCUACCAUUGAGCGAUACACUCAGUUCGGUUGUAUGGAGUACCACUAUACCGCAUGCUAAGCAGUUGCUACAAAUGCCCCAAGAAGAUUUCGCCAAAGCACUCAACGAAGCCUUUUUCAAGGAAUAUCCUAAGGAAGGAGUUGUAGUUAGCGCAAUGAACACUUUGAAUUCAUUUAUUGGACGUAAUCCGAAUAUUUUAAGACAGUAUCCUCCAGGAGUGAAUGGAGUUAUUGAAAGUUCGCGUGCAUCGUUUCCCUUGGGUUUCUUACAUGCCUCCUCGUAUGUGUGCACAGGUGCAGCGUUGAUUGGCGAUGCCGCCCACCGCGUACAUCCACUAGCAGGACAAGGUGUGAACUUAGGUUAUAGCGAUGUGCGUGAGCUGGUACAAGUACUGGCCGAUGCGGCUUACGCUGGCGCUAAACUUAGCGACAGGAACUAUCUCGUCAAAUACGAACAACGCAGUUUGACCAAGAAUGUGCCCAUUAUGAUAGGCGUACACGGACUGCAUACACUUUACUCCACCACUUUCACGCCUGUGGUUUUACUCCGGAGCUUGGGUUUACAAUUGACGGAUAGUAUUGUGCCGAUAAAAAAUUUGUUUAUGAAACGCGCCAUGGGCUAAACACAUUUAUGACAUAAGUUACUCGUAUUUAUUAAUAUCAAUAACGAUGAUUUGUAUUUUUUUAAAUAUUAUAUGUAUGCAUAUAAUAUAUAUUUAUAAUUUAAAGCGUUAUGGGAUCUAGCGAUUAAAAAUUGAUUACAAAUAAAAUUCGAAACGGUGAUGUUUUGCACAGAAUAAAACAAAAA